UUUGCUCUUUUAUAUAGUCCAUCGCCACCGCCCACAGCGCUUCCUGCUGGUCUCUUGUUGGUCGUAGAACUAGCAGUGGCCAUGGUGCAAGGCGAGGAGAGUUCUUGGAGGAUGGAGAGGGCAGCGCUGCCUCUCAACCAGGCGCUCGCGUACGGAGUCCAAGCCCACGCCGCCGCCGCCGCUGCACCGCCGACCUGCUUCCUUCCAUCGCCACCGCCCACAGCGCUUCCUGCUGGUCUCUUGUUGGUCGUAGAACUAGCAGUGGCCAUGGUGCAAGGCGAGGAGAGUUCUUGGAGGAUGGAGAGGGCAGCGCUGCCUCUCAACCAGCUGGCGCUCGCGUACGGAGUCCAAGCCCACGCCGCCGCCGCCGCCGCCGCGGCUGCACCGCCGACCUGCUUCCUGGACUUCCAGCCUGCGGCCGCAUCCGCUGCCUACUUCGGGUUCGGUGAGCUGGAGGAGGCCCUCAUCCACGGUGGUGGCGCCGCCAGCGCCGGCGGCGGCGUCGAUCCGGGCGUGAUCAUCAAGAACGACGUCGCGCAGGCAAAGUCAGCGGCAGGAUAUCUCGCGGGCGCUGGCACCGGCAGGCCCCCCACGCUGGAGAUCUUCCCUUCGUGGCCAAUGAGGCACCAACAGCAGCUGCACAGUGGGAAUUCGCAGUCAGUAGGGAGCACCGGCACUGACUCGAGCUCAGCUCAGAACACAAUGUCUCAGAUGGAGUUGGUGUCCCCAGCCUCCUCUGCGCCGCGGCAGGAGGUCAUGAUGGUGACCACUGAUGAUUACAGCUACAAGCCAGGCCUCGCCGCUGCGCCCGCUGCUGCCGCCCCGCCGAGCUUUCAGCAGCACCACCCGCUCCCGCUGCAGCUGCACGGAGGAGAGGGAGGGGGAGACCAUGACAAGAGGAAGCAUGGAUCCACAAGAAAAGAUGGCAAGUUGGUAGAUGCCAAGACGGAACGGCGGCUGGCGCAGAACAGAGAGGCUGCGAGGAAGAGCAGGCUGAGGAAGAAGGCUUACGUGCAGCAGCUCGAGACUAGCAGGAUCAGGCUUCAGCAGGUCGAGCAUGAGCUCCAGAGAGCACGGUCACAGGGCCUGUUCGUUGGAGGGUGCAGCGCCGCCGGGGACAUGAGCUCUGGCGCCGCCAUGUUCGACAUGGAGUACGCGCGGUGGCUUGACGACGACACCAAGCGGCUGGCGGAGCUCCGAGGCGGGCUGCAGGCGCACCUGCUGGACGGCAACCUGGGACUCAUCGUGGAGGAGUGCAUGCAGCACUACGACGAGCUGUUCCAGCUCAAGGCGGCGCUCGCGCGCUCCGACGUCUUCCACCUCCUCACCGGCUCCUGGGCCACCCCCGCCGAGCGCUGCUUCUUCUGGAUGGGCGGCUUCCGCCCGUCCGAGCUGCUCAAGAUCCUGAUACCGCAGCUGGACCCGCUGACGGAGCAGCAGCUGCUGGGGAUCUGCAAUCUGCAGCAGUCGUCGGAGCAAGCGGAGGAAGCUCUCGCCCAGGGCCUGCACCAGCUGCACCAGUCCCUGGCCGACACAGUCGCCGCGGGCACGCUCAACGACGGCGCCGCCGCCCCCAACUACAUGAACAUCAUGGCCGUCGCACUUGAGAAGCUCGCCAGCCUCGAAAAUUUCUAUCAACAGGCCGACAAUCUAAGGCACCAGACGUUGCAUCAGAUGCGCCGGAUCCUGACCACUCGGCAGGCUGCGCGGUGCUUCCUCUCCAUUGGGGAGUACUACAGCCGCCUCAGAGCUCUCAGCAACCUCUGGGCUUCCCGUCCCCGCGACAACUUCAUCGGGACAGAGAGCCUCAGCCCCACAGCAACGGAACUGCAAGCCCUGCACCACCAGCAGCAGAACCAGUUCGCCGGAUUUUGAGGCCUCACCUGGUGAGGGAGGGUGUAAAACUUUGGCCGCGAGGGUGGUGUUACAAAGAUUAGAGGUUUUGAGAGGGAGAUGCAUUGUAAUGUUCUAUCAUUAAAGUACUGAGAAAGCAACAUCACUAGGCGAAAAGGGCGGGGAGAAGGAAUUGCUGUAGUGCGAUGUUGGGUGGCUCACCUGUUCAUAUGGCUCUUGAACUGAUUGAAGGGUUAGCACCGCAGAAUUUUUGUGCGUGUCAGGAGAGAACAAAUCAGUUACACAAGAUUCUGGCUGCUCACUUGCCAGAGAGGACUAA